ACAAUUAUAGCCUACAAACGUCAUCAGUAUCCAAUUCUGUCAACUGAUCUACUGCACUUGAUGUUAAUAUAAGUCUCUAGCAGCGAUAUGGAUGUUAAAGUUCGACUGUGUAUUUGUGUUCUAUAUGUUGUUCUAAUAUCUGAGGACGCGAGUUCAAGUGGAAGUCAAAACAGUGAAGUCCAGGAGUCUACAGGUUCGAGCAAUAUUUGCACUAGACAAUUCUCCAGGCUCGAAACAUACCGUACUAGGAAAAACCGAUUUGUAACCCGAGUGAAAUAUUUCCAAAGAAAAAGAUGCUGUCAGGGCUAUUCAAACUUUCCAUAUUGUGAACCCGAUUGCUGGUGUGCUAAUGGUGGAACAUGUGUCGGCCUAGAUAGAUGUAACUGUGCUGCCAAUUGGGAAGGACCCCACUGCUUCAAAGCUAUCUGCACACCAAACUGUGUCCAUGGAGACUGUACAGCUCCCGAUGAAUGUUCAUGCAACAUUGGAUGGAUUGGAAAAUUAUGUGUAAAAGCCAUUUGCACACAAGGAUGCCAUAAUGGAGGAGAAUGUAUUGAACCGGAGAAGUGUAAAUGUACUGAAGGGUGGACAGGCUUCAGUUGCAGUGAACCUAUAUGUUCACCUCCAUGCCAAAAUGAUGGAGAAUGUAUAGAGCCAAACACAUGUCAGUGCAGCACUUUACUCUGGGAAGGAGAAUUUUGUGAAAUAGCGGUAUGCCACCCUCCCUGUCUGAAUGGUGGUGAGUGUUAUCGUCUUCUAACGAUGGAUAGAUGCCGAUGCAUUGAAGGCUGGUCCGGAGAUCGAUGUGAAACACCUGUUUGCAAUCCUGGCUGUGAGAAUGGAGGUCGCUGUGUAGCGCCAGGAGUGUGUACCUGUCAAACAGAGUGGACUGGCAAAUCAUGUGAACAAGCUGUUUGUGACCCACCGUGUGAAAAUGGUGGACACUGUUUCCAACCAUCCAGAUGUAGAUGUCGACAGAAUUUUGUUGGAUCUACGUGUCAACAAGCACAAUGCAAUCCAAGCUGUGGUGUCAAUGGCAGGUGUACAAGUUCUAACACUUGUGAAUGUAAUGAAGGGUGGACAGGAAUUGACUGUUUAGAAGCGGAAUGUAGUAGUUCUUGUCAGAACGGAGGGAGCUGUGUAGGACACAACUUAUGUCACUGUGUUAAUGGAUGGGAGGGACAAAGAUGCGAGAGAGGUGUAUGUUUUCCUCUGUGCCAAAAUGGUGGCACAUGUAUUGCUCCUGGAGAGUGUAAUUGCCCAGAAGGGGUAACAGGCAAUAUAUGUGAAACUUCUGCUUGUGUUCAACCCUGUCUGAAUGGUGGACGUUGUGGACCAGAAGGCACCUGUCUCUGCCUUAAUGGAUGGAGGGGAUCACAGUGUGAAGAAGCUGUAUGUUCAAAUGAAUGUCUCAAUGGAGGAAUGUGCAUUGCUCCAAAUUAUUGCAGCUGCUCUCCACAAUGGAAGGGUAUCAUCUGUGAGCAACCUGUUUGCAACCCUGGCUGUGAGAAUGGAGGCCACUGUGAAGAGCCAGGAGUGUGUACCUGUCCAAUAGGGUGGACCGGCAGAUCAUGUGAACAAGGAGAAUGUAUGCCACCUUGUGAAAAUGAAGGUAGAUGUGUAAGCCCUGGAUACUGUGCUUGUCCGAGCAACUGGAGUGGGUAUAGAUGUCAAACAGCGAUCUGUAGUCCUCGAUGUCAGAAUGGUGGAGUUUGCACUGUAAACCACACAUGUGAAUGCACUACGGGAUGGACUGGUAGCACCUGCGAGCAAGCUGUGUGUGUUCCACCUUGCCAAAAUGGAGGACAUUGUACAUCACAAGGAACGUGUACGUGCACUAAUGGCUGGGGUGGAGAUCACUGUGAACAAGUUGUUUGUUCCCCACCUUGCAAUAAUGGAGGACACUGUGUUGCACGUGGACGUUGCAACUGUACUGAAAACUGGCAGGGACAACAUUGCCAGCAAGCUAUUUGUAUCCCUUCCUGUGAGAAUGGUGGAAUUUGUAUUUCACCUGGACAUUGUGCUUGCCCAUCAGGAUUUAUUGGUUCUAGAUGUGAAGAAGCCUCGUCUCAUUGUGACCUAUGUAAGAAUGGAGACUGCUCACAAGGCGAUUGCUCAUGCUAUUUGGGAUGGAAAGGUCCGAUGUGCGAUGAAGCGAUAUGUUCCCCUUUUUGUGCCAAUGGUGGACUGUGUAUAGCACCUGAAAUCUGUUCGUGUGCUCAGGGAUGGGAAGGUGCUACAUGCAAUCAAGCACAAUGUGAUAUGGGUUGUGCUAAUGGAGAGUGUACUGCACCAAAUACGUGCUCAUGUAGUGAUGGCUGGAGUGGGCUUCGCUGUGACCAAGGUGAAUGUGCACCACCAUGUCAGAAUGGAGGAACAUGUGUUUCCUUUUCAAGCACGAGGUUCUGUAUUUGCGCUUUGGGUUAUUCUGGAUCAUUCUGUGAGCUACGCAGCUGAUUCUGUGAUGGCAUCAUUGAUCGAAACUUGAUAGUGCUACAAUUGGCUCUCGUAAUUAUAUAUACAGUACAAUUACUACAAACCACUGGCCAUGAUGUUUAUAGCUAAAUUUGUGCCAGAUUAAUCUACGUUUUUUCAGUGAUGAAAUUAUGGAACUGUCUUUGUUUAUAUUAGAGUCAUGUGGAUAUA